AUGCACUCCGGCCUAGUGAUCCUGCACCUGGGUGCGAUCGGCCACGCUGCGCAGCGCGGCUCGCACAUCCUCCUGGACUUCUCUCGCAGCGCGAUGCCCCGUGGCGGGCGCUCGGCGGCAACGCGGGCGCCGCGCAACGGGGCAACUUGUUCCAUCGCCGCGUCGGACCACGAUUCCCGGAACACUCCUGUUCAGAAGUACCGCGCGAGAUGUAAGGAAGGUGACUUGCGGCACGUCGCCGCCCAUCAUGACCCGCGAGUCUACCCGCCGGAGACAAUCAGCGCAGCUGCGCUGACGCGACCUGCUAUCCACACGUUGCCUGGUGAUGUUCACGUGCAUGGAUGGCUGCGCAGCCAAGGUGAUUCGCCGUUCCCUGCACAGCCCCGGGCGAACCUCGAUGCCACCCGCGCCGCGUUGCGGGACCUCGGGCUGACCUGUCCGGAGGAUCCCCGACGCGCAGGCGCCACGCCCGCGCAAGAUGGGGUUGGGCCCGAUGCGAACUUCAGUGGAAGUGCAUUCCAGUCCUUGGGGCCGGUCUCGAUGCAGUUCCGCGAAGAGAGCAUCUCAGUCCCCGACGCCAGGCCGCCGAAGGCUCCCAGCGCCAAUGCCAUGGCCGCCGCCCCCGCCGCUCGGGCGGCGCGCUGCCCCAGCAGAGGCUGCGGCGCCAGGGCCGCGCAUAGCUUGGCGAACGCCGGGCUGGCGCGCAGCGGGCCGGCUGCCGCGCCGCGGCACGCGGCCCCCCCAGCGGCCCCGGCGCCCGCGGCGCCCCGCCAGCUGCGCAGCGCUUCCAGCAGCCGCAGCGCGCGGCGCAGGGGCGCCGCCCAGGACGGUGGCGAGCGCAGGCCCGUCUCCGCGCGGUGCGACUCCGCCUCCACCCGCUACACGGGCACCACGCGCACGAGCCCCGAGCACGAGGGCACCGGCGCCCCAAGCACCGCGCGCACGACGCCCGAGGUGCGCCGCAGCAGCGAGCUGGUCCGCGCCCUGCGGAGCCCCUGCCCGGACCCGUGGCCUGCGGGAGGGACGUGGCCGCGGCCGGCCCGCCCGGCCUCGGGGCCCGCCGGAGGCCGCCGCACCUGCCUGGACGCCGCGAGCGUGGCCCUCGCGCUGAGGAGACGGCCGCCCGCGCUGGAGCUGGACGGCCAGAAGCAGGACGACGAGGGGUGCUGCGCAGGCGCUGCGCUGGCUGGCCCGUGGCAGCCCUGCGGCGCGGGCCCCGCGUGCACGGCGGCCCCAGCGGCCCAGGCACCCGCCGCUGCCGCUGGGCGGGGCAGCGCGCGCCCCGCCCAUCGCCGGGCCGCGCCCGCCGCGAGCGCCGGCGGCCGGGCCCGGCGGCCCUCCGACGGCUUCGCGCCGUUGGAGCUCUUGGGGCCCCCGAGCCCAGGCGGGGCCUCUGGCUGCCCAGCGGCGGGGCGGCGGGGCUCCCUCGGCGAGGCCUCCUCCUGCUCCGCGGCGGGGCGGCUGCGCUCCAGCAUCGGCAGCAACAGCCUCCUGUCCGAGGCCUCGCCCUCAGGGGCCUCGAGGCGCUCCAAGUGGUCGCGCCGCAGAAGCCUGUUUCUGGAAGACCUUGAGGUCCUGGACCUCGCAGGGCGCAGGAUGGGGAGAGCGCAGGUCAUAACGCACCAGGUCAAGGCCCUGGCGCAGGAGCUGCGGCGAAGCAUGCUGACCUCGUUCGAGCAGGGGGUCUGGGAAGCGUGCGAUGUUCCGCACCCUGUUGCGGAGAAGCGGCGCAAGGAGGAGCAGCGGAUUCGCGAUCAAACAGAGGCAUUGCGCAAGAUCGCCAAGAGCCUCACCCAAAAUCUCAAGGGAUGGGACUCGGACAAGAUCUGCACGUCCGUGGGCAUCAAUGGAGACGUGGAUGCCCUCUGGACAGAGCGCGCCCUCAUGAACAUGGCCAGCGACGGCAAGUUGACGCUGCUCGACGUCGAGGAGAUCCAGGAACUCUUCGAUAAGAGUUGCCCCAGCGGCCACAUGAACGUGCACCAGGACUCCAGCAUUUUCAGCAGGAUGUGCCGAGAGCUGUACGUGAACGCGAGUACACACGACAUGACGCAGAUCUACCACAUCCUCCAGAAGGUCCGCAGCAGGCGCAACGAGAGCGAGGGCGGGUGCUCGAGGCGUGACAUCGGCUCGCAGGGAAUCUACAACGAGGAUGCAAAAGUGUUCAUCUUGUCCGAUUUCGUGAUCGCUUUUGGUAAGUGGCUCAGCCGACAGAAGACCAUGGACAAGAUGCUGCGGUGCAGCCUGACCACCUUCAAGCUCACUGCUGUCGAGCGCUUCCGACGGGACCUCAAGGCGGCCUCCAUGGAGACGACCAAGGAGCUGGUAGACGAAGUCUGCAAGCAGCUAAGCAGGCGUAGGUCCUUUCUGGCGGCCAACAACCUGCACUCGGAAGAGUUGUUAGGGCUGCACCUGGACAUGUCGGACAUGCGCGCCUCGAGGUCGGACUCGGGCUCGGAGGAUUCCAGCUCGGACAGCGGCUCGUCCUGGGGCUCGCAGCCCGAGUCGCCCUCCACGAGCGCCGCACAGAACAGGAAGUGCUACCAGGACUUCCGGCAGAUAUGGAAGGUCACGAAGGCCAACGUGGAGGACAUGCCGACGUUGCAGGAGAACGAAGAGGAGGAGGCGGAGGAGGAGCGCGCCUCCCCAGCGCAAGCCGAGCCGGCCCCGCCGGAGCCCCGCGCCGCCUCGCGGCAGCCCCUGGCCGAGGCCUACCGCGUUGGCUUCCGGAGGGCGCGCUUCGACCGCCACCGGAGGGCCCACCAGCAGGCCCAGAGUGCCGCGGCGCCGCGGCGGGACGGCGCCGGCGGAGACGGCGGCCCGAGCGGAGGGCGCGAGGCCGAGGCAGCGGCGCAGCGGCGCGGCGCCGAGGAGGAGCGCGCCGGAGAGCCCGAGGAGGGCGGGGGCCUCGGGUCGGGCUCCGAGCCGAGCACGCCUCGCGGCGGCGAGGGCUCGAGCCUGCUGUUGUGGUACCAAAAACGGCUUCGUUCCUUAUUCAGCGUGCCUUGUUUCAGCAGCUCGGCUGCACGUGUUGAGCUCCGUGUCAACACGCUACUGGUUGCGUGUUGCGUAUCGGGUCGACUUCGUAGGGACGCGGGCACGACCGCAUCAGGAGAUCCACUCCAGUUGGCGAACUGGGAGGCGUAG